AUGCGGGUUGGCUUCAUGGGCCUAGGUGCCAUGGGAACACCCAUGGCACUGAAUCUAUCGCGAAGAUUCCCCAUUGCCGUCUGGAAUCGAAGUCCAUCGAAAUAUCCCCUGCUGAGACAAGCAGGGGCAAUAGUGGCCGAAACACCGCAGGAGCUUGCAGAAAAGACCGACGUUGUUUUUACGAUGCUAUUCGACGAGAAUGCCUACCAAUCUAUCCUCAAUGAAGAUUUCUGGAAAGCUCUCCGUGGAAAGACCCUGGUAAACUCAAGCUCGGUUUCUGUCGAGUUCAGUCACUACUUAGCUGGCGAGGCCCGGAAAGCAGGUGCGCAGUUCAUUGAAAUGCCCGUGAGUGGCAGCAAGGUCCCAGCCGAGCAAGGUCAACUUAUCGGUAUGCUGGCCGGGGACUUCGAUACCGCUCAGCAGGUCAAAAGCAUCGUUGAACCUAUGACGAAAGACGCGAUUUACUGCGGCAACAUUGGCAUGGGCCUCAAGACCAAGUACGCCGUUAAUGUUUUUCUCAUCACCAUGACGGCUGGCCUAGCCGAGUCGAUGGCUCUUGCAAAGGCGCAGGGUCUCGACAUUGCUGCCUUUGGGCAGGUGCUCGAUGCCGGUCCCAUGGCUUCGGCGUACUCUAAGAUGAAAAUCGACAAGAUGGUACGCCAGGAUUACUCACCCCAGGCGACUCUGGAGGAUUGCUACAAUCUGACACAGCUCAUCGUGUCAGCUUCCGAGGAGGCCAAUGCUCAAACCCCUUUGAUUCAGCUUUGCGGUUCGCUGUACCGCAGGGCAAUCGCGCAGGGCCAUGGAAAGGACGAUAUGAUCGCCGUGGAAAAACUUUUGGGCAACACGGAUACUAGUAUUGAGACUGAGAAAGAUUAG